CGCAGAGAUGCGCCUGCUCCCCAGCAUGGGCACCAUCGCCGAGUCCCCCGGGACCCCCGCCCGCCGCCUCGUCAAGAUCGCCGUGGUGGGAGCCAGCGGGGUCGGCAAGACCGCGUUGGUGGUAAGGUUUCUCACCAAGCGGUUCAUCGGCGACUACGAGAGAAACGCAGGUAAUCUGUACAGCAGGCAGGUUCAAAUAGAGGGAGAGACGCUGGCUAUUCAAGUGCAGGACACCCCAGGAGUCCAGCUUCACGACGGGCAGGGCCCGGGCCGGAACGAGCAGCUGAACCGGUGCAUCCGCUGGGCCGACGCCGUCGUGAUCGUCUUCUCCAUCACGGACCACCAGAGCUACGAGCUGAUCGGCCAGCUCCACCAGCGCGUCCGCCAGCUGCGGCCGGGGGGCCGGCUGCCCGUGGUGGUGGUGGCCAACAAGGCCGACCUGCUGCACGCCAGGCAGGUGGAGCCGCAGCGCGGCCUGCAGCUGGCCGCCGUGCUGGGCUGCCCCUUCCGCGAGGUGUCGGUCAGCGAGAACUACCACGACGUGUACGACGCCUUCCACGCCCUGUGCGGAGAAGUGAGCCGCCAGCAGCAGCAACAGCGGGCGGGCGGGGCUCCUGAAAAGCGCCGGUCCUCCCUCCUGCCCAGGCCCAAGUCUCCCAACAUGCGGGACCUGAAGCGGAGGCUGAAGCGAGCCCUGUCCGCCAAAGUGAGAACGGGUCCGGCCGUCUGAAAACGGAACUCGAGGAGGCCGUGCGCCAUCGGAGCCGGGCACGCCCCGCCCGCGGCGGCGGGGGUCGGAGAACGGGGCCGGGGCCCUCCGUGGGACUCCCGCAGGCGGGGCGGCUCGCUCGGCGGCAGAAGGAAGCGCCUCCGGCCGGACGAGAGCCGGUCCGGAGCGCGGGACCAAGCGCGAGGGUGGGGGUCUCCUCCGGGGUGGCCGCCCGAGCCCCGGUCGGAGCGGAGGGGCCGGGCUGGCCCGCCCUUUGGAGGAGACGAGGCCGGCAGCAAGGGGGAGGCGUCUGUGCCUCCCCCCGCGUUAGAAGCCCCGUCCGCGGACACGAGCGUGGAGGGCUCCGCCCUCGCGGGGGCAACGUUUGAGACGGGUGGGGGAGCCCCCCGGGUGCCUUCCUUGGGCAUGAGGUGGGGUCACCCCCGGGUCUGGGUCCCCGCUGCACCGCGUGGGCACAGGAGGCAGCACGGAGGCCGCCGCCCGGGGCUCACGGGGGUCGGGCCGCGGCCGCACGAGGAACCUCUUUCCGUUUCGGCGGCCGCGGAGAAGCCGGGGUGGGCGUGAGCGCGUUUUGGGCGUGACGGUGUCGGCGGUGAGCGCGACGGGGUGGCGGGGCGCUCGGCAGAGCCAGGGCCGGCGGAGCGGCUCCGGAGCGCGGAAGCGGUCCCGAGCCCCCGCCCCUUUCCCCGGGUGCACCUUAAGGAGCCGCUUUUGCUCAAACUGUUGCUUAUUUAUUUUCUGUUCAAUAAAUGUGGUCUGGCAGCAUGG